CAGAACAGUCACGAACAUCAUGUCACGAACAUAUUUUUAUCACCUCUUCUGUUUCAAUAUACUUUUUGUUUUUUCUAAAAGCUUGUGUUGUGAGACAAAAUGCUCGCUUUUUAAAAAUGAAAAUGAUUUGUCAAAAAAGUUUCAGCUUUCUCUCGCAGAAGAAGGGGUACGGAUUGUUUAUCUGAGGUUAGAUGCUAACAAUGUCAGCGAUGGCUACAACUCAAUGCAUUCAGACAGAAUAAUGCACACAAGAUGGACUUGGGCACAAAGCAACAGUGAACCACUCCUAUCGGUGUCCUACGACUAUGAUGUCUUGUCACUAGGUCUCUUAAAAAACCAAGUAAAAGAUCUCACUUUGGAGAUGACACUGGCGCAAAAGCAAUGCCUGGAGGCUUCCAAUUCAACAUUUCGCGACGAGCAAACCGCUAGAGCUUUGUUGAACAUUACAAACAAAAAAUACAACAAAGAUUUCACAGUUAAGCAUGAUGUUGUCUGCUUUAGAUUGCUGCGAGAACACUGGUUUGGAAUUGGUAGUCACUUUAAAUAUAAGUGUUGCAAAGAGAGGCCGCGGGAGAAAAAUAAAAAUGGAACUUCUAUUGAUUGCAAUGUCCCUGUUAACGAAAGCAGGUGGCUAGCUGUUUUCAAUGCAAUAUUAGCAAUUUUGGUAACGGUUACUGUCUUAUAUUGGCCAUGGAUUUUUUAUUUGCUACCAGACUCUUUUUUUACAACGAUUCCAGUUCGUGACUCCCAAACUCAAGCGGAAGAGGGAACCGCAUGCAAGGCUACUGUUGACACAAUAUCAGCACGCAAUACUUUCCUGCCGUUGGACGAUUUUAGCCCAAUUACACUUCAAACACUUCUUCAAAAAUUUGGAGAUAUGUACCCAAAGAAUAUGUUCGACAUACGCGUGAAGCUAUUUCUUGUUUGGUUUGGUUUUAUUCCCCUAUUCUUUUAUAUAAAAUUACUCCUUUACUUCAUAAUUAAAGGCGAUAAUUUCGAUGAGACCUCAUCCAAAUUGCUAUUUCAAAUAGCCGAUUUUUAUCUCUUUGUCUUCAAAAUGAAGAAACCUCUUGUAUACGUGUUGUUUAUCAUGCCGUUCUUUGUUAUUCCUUGUCUUGCGAUAUUCUUGGUGCCGACAAAGAUCGGGCAUCAAAGUGUAAUUGAAGCCAACAAGAAGUCUAAGGAAAAAAUUAAAAGGCAUUUGAAAGUAGAAAUUUUAAGGAUCACAAAUGUGCUUCUACGGGUGAGCACAUGUAACAUUUUUGGUAAAUUUGCUUGCUGUAAGACAUCCAUUGCAUCCUUAUGUUCUGUUGUGCAUGUGUUAGUUGUUUUUCCUAUAUGCACGUUAGUUGCGGUUGUCUUUUCAAUAAUCAGUUCAAUUUCAUGUUUAGCGAUAUUCUCCCCAUAUUUAGUUUUUCUAUGCAAAUUGCUGCUAUCCAAUAAAUCUUCCCUCCACUACAGAAUAUUUAUGUUCUAUUCAACUAUAAGCGCGACAAUCGUCGUGACGUUCUCCUGUCAGUUCGUCGUCCGAAUGUUAGGUUUUGUGAUAAUGGGGAUCAUUCUAAAUGCUGAGUAUGUCGUACCUUACCUGACGUUCGCUUUUGUUGUCACAAGUAACAUUAAUCAUUGCAUCUGUAACACUCAGAAAAAAUAUAAAGAGCUGAAGAGUAUGAUUGCCAGGCCGUUCAAGACUUCGAAAGACGACGAUACAAUAAAAACAAUACCAAAGGAAUUAUUUUGGUCUGUCUCGAAAAAAGUUCUCCCCAUUUCCAACGAGAUCUUUCUACUGGUUGGACAAAUACUGGCAAUUUUGGUAUUUCUUUCUAUUGCACUAGUCGCAAUUCUUCUGUUCAACGUAACAUACGGUCCGUCGGCAAUAGUAUCAACCAUUUCAGUCUUUAUAAGUGGAAAAUUUUCAGAGCUGUUCUUUACGAGAAUCACAUCUGGAUCAGAGUUUGCUGGCUGGGACAAGAUCGACUUAGAAACAGAGAUUACAUCAGAGCUAAAGGAAUUACACCCCAACAUUCCAGCGCAUAUGGAAACAGAAACCACCGAAAUAUAAAUAUUCGAAAUAUGGAUUACGGUUUUCCGAAUAUUGGUUUUUCAAAUGUUUUUAAAAUGCUCGUAAGCAGCAUAGAUAACAAACAGAAAUAUGCAUGUGUACCCGUAACAAUUAUAGGUAAAGAGACGUUUGUUUAAGGAUACCAAGGAUAAAUCUACGUUGUAAAAAUCUACAGAGAUUAAAAAUCAAUGGGAAAGUACCUUAUCAUACUCUAUAGAAGUGAUUGUCAAAUAGUAACUGCAAGAUAUUUGGAAGAGAUAUGUUAUACCUGUUAUCACAACGGAGAAUGUUUUAUAUACUUGGUAGUGUCACUAGUGUGGCUUCCUAUAUAUAGCUUGUGUAUUAAUUGUUGUACAUUACAUUGUCUGUUAUUGAAACUUGCCCGUUUUUUCGAUGAAUCGGAGAACGGAU